AACUGCGAAUUGCAACUGUCAAAGAUCAAACGUCAAAUUUAAUUUAAUUGUUUAUAAAAAUGGAACCAGGAAUAUUAACGAAAGUUUUGUCCGACUUUUUCACAACUGUCGAUGGAGAAUUAAGUUUACAAAAAGGGGAAUACUUUGUGGUACAUAGUGUCAUAGAUAAACACUGGUGUUAUGGAGAAUCUCGUGGCAGGUCAGGAAAAUUCCCUUCAAGUCAUUUACAUAAAGUAGAUAUACCGAAACUGCAUGAUUCGGAAACUUUGUUUGUUUCAAUUGCUGCUUUUCCAGGGCAGCAGGAUGGAGAUUUAUCUUUUAAGCAAGGUGAAAUUAUUAUUGGAGUUCGAGAUAUUGGAUCCGGAUGGUAUUUUGGACAAAUAGAUUCCCUAAAGGGUAUUUUUCCUUUGACACAUACAUGGCAACUUGAUUCUAAAUUAUUAAAGAAAACUUUAGAGAAAAAAGCUGUCAGAAAAAGGGCUAGAAUAAAAACUAGUUUAAAAGCACAACUUGAAGGUGAACUUAAUUUAGCUGAAGGGGAAAUAGUUACUGUCACAGAAAUUCUUAAUGACGGUUGGUGUCGUGGUUUGACAGAAGAUAAUAAGGAAGGAAUAUUUCCAGAAGGAUUUGUAACUUAUAUAAGUGAUACAGAUGAUCAAGCAGAUCAUACCACCCCUGUGGAAGACAUAAAUUCCUUUCCUACACCAACAACUUACAAUGAAAUGAUAUACAAAAAUAUUGAUGAAACAAUUAUACAAUCUUCUAUUGAAGAACCUGCACCAAAUUAUUUUGAUCUAUUUCCUGAAUAUAAAGUAACUGUAUCAGCUCCGAUAGAAGACACUACAAAGAAUAGCAAUUUCAAUACAUUGGAUGUAAAACCAUAUGCCAUAACUUUAUACCCAUUUAGUGCUCAGUUUCCGAACGAACUUAGUUUCGGAGCAGAGGAAGUAAUACAUCUCAUUAAACAUAUAGAUUCAGAAUGGAUAGAGGGUAUGAUAGAUAACCAUAAAGGCAUUUUUCCUAUAUCGUAUGUUAACAUUAUAGUAGACUGCAUCGAAAAUAAUGGUGAACAAAGUUUUGUUAACCAAGAUGCAAGUACUACGGAAUACAAUGAAUUAAUGCCUGGAGCUCAAGUAAAAGUGGAGCACACAUUUAAAGCUCAAAUGGAUGGAGAUAUGAGUGUUAUCGAAGGUGAUAUAGUUACAGUGAUCAAUAUGGCAAAUUCUGACUGGGUCAAUGUCAAAGAUCAGUCUGGUAAAAUUGGUUUAUGUCCAAGAGGAUACCUAAGUUCCUUAGAUGCAGAAUUAUUCGAUGUUGCGCAAAACGUACUCGAAGAUUUUGUUGUAAUACGACACAACGAAGCGAGUUCUGUGAGAACAGAAGAACAAAAGUCAAAAAGACGUUCAGAACCGCACAGACCCGCGCCGCCCGUGCCAGCACCUGGUAGAAUCCCAUUACAAAAAGAUACAGCGGACAAUAAAGAAACUUUAGAAAACAUUAAUCAACAAAUUGAUGUUGCCGGAAGUAAUAAUAUAGAUGUUAAACAAAAAAAGGCAGAUCAAAGGCAAAAUGUCAUAUCAGAAUUAGUUCUUACAGAAAAGGAAUAUGUCCGUGACUUAAACUUAACAUACGAAACAUUUAAUUUGUAUAAUCCAAGUUCACUUGAAUCUCUGGGAAUAGAUGUGGUUACCCUAUUUGGUAAUAUCUUUGAUGUUAUUCAAGUUGCUGACGAAUUGCUAGAUAUGAUAUUAAAAGCAAUGAAAGGACACGACGAAGAAUUACAAACAAUUGGGCCCUGUUUUAUAAACAUGUCUGAAAAAUUAAAAAAUGUCUAUGUUAAAUAUUGCAGCAAUCAUGAAGCUGCAUUGGUUUUGUUGAAGAAGUAUGAAAAUAAUGAAGAAAUAAUGACAGUAUUCAACAAAGGUAUUGAAACAUUAAGGUAUCAAGUAGCUUGUUUCGAUAUGAGCUCCAUUCUUAUAAAACCAGUACAAAGAAUAUUGAAAUAUCCUCUUAUUUUAUAUGAAUUGGUAAAGUGUACCGAAGACAACCAUCCUGAUAAACCUGUAGUCGAGGAAGCAUGGAAGACUAUGACAGCAGUUGCAAGUCACAUAAAUGAGUAUAAACGUCGGAAAGAUUUGGUGACGAAGUAUUUGGGCAAUGAUAACACAUUAAUGAGUAAAAUGUCUAAACUUAAUAUGCAUUCUGUUGCUAAAAUGUCUACAAGAUUAAGCACACGAUUGUCUGCAAGUUUAGGAUUAACGAAUGUUGCGGUUGAUUCAGAAUUUGAAGAACUCGAAAAACAGUUUAGAUCUAUAGAGAAAUGUACUUUACAAUUAGCUAAAGAUGUAGAACAAUGUCUUAUGUAUUUAAGCGACGAAGCUAUUUCUGGAGAAGUAAUAGCAGAUUUCUUGAUUAAGUACUAUCAAGGAACACCAAAUAUUGAAGCAAACAAACUUAGGGAGAUACGAUCCACAAUUUGGUCGCAAUUCAUUCAAGAAUUAAAAGCGUGUUUGAAGAAUAGAGUCAGUGCACCAAUAAAUUUUUUGGCAAUGUUGUUAGAAGGACCUGCAAUGUUAAUAACGAAAAGACAUGACAAAUUACUCGACUAUGAUGCAGCCAUUUCUAAGAGUGAGAAAUAUAAAGAAUCAAGAAUUGCACAGGAUGAAUUGACAACAACAAAAAGUAAUUACGAAGCAUUAACGCAGCAAUUGUUAGAAGAAUUGCCAAUUCUGAUUAAUGCAGCAACUGAAGUAUUAGUUAAUUGUAUUGGUGCUUUUGCACAAGCUCGGAAACUUUUAUGCGGAAAGAUUACCAAGCGUUAUCUAACCUUUUGUGAGGCUUCGACUCAACUGUCGUCUCAAGAUAUUUUAGAAUCAUUUUUAGUUAAUCACAGCUUAUUGUGGAAUCAGAUAACACGGUUUGCGUUUGCCGGGUCAAACCCAAGAAUAGAAGAAGCAGAACCCGCAUGUCCGCAAAGUGAACGGCAAAGAAUGAAAUUGAGAAACAAAUAUUCUAGUGACAAGUUAUACAUUGUUACAGACAAUAUAGUAAGCACCACAUCUUUGGAUAUGGGUGCAGUACGUGGAACCUUAGUUGCGGUAAUAAAGAAACAAGAUCCUAUGGGUGAUACGAGUAGGUGGUUUGUAGAUAAUGGAGUUACCCAAGGAUUUUUGCCGGCUAAAAUGUUACAUUUGCAACAACAACCGCAAAGUACAUCAUCUGAUGAAAUUAGCGCUACAAAUAAAUUGUCUAAUACAUCAAUGCCUGAUUUAAUUUGCAUGGAUUCUCCUGUGAAAGAGCAGGGGAGUGUAGCUCAAUUGCAUUUGCAAGAGUUACUUGAUCUCGAUAUCAGUGAAAAAGUAAAAAAGGAGAUCCACUGCUAUGGCAACGUCGAACAAAUUCCUAGAGUUCAACAAUAUCAAAAUCUGAAUUAUGAAUUUUAUUAUGCGGAAUAUGAUUUUUUGGAAAAUAUUCUUGGAACAUUGUCUAUUGUUAAAGGACAAGCUUUAAGACUGGUUAGACCGCACGAUGAAAAGGGAAACGACGAAUGGUGGCUCAUGGAAGAUCGUUAUGGUAAUAAAGGAUAUGUACCUAAGAACUAUUUACGCGAACCGCCUGUGGCAAAGCAGUAAAAUCAAAAACAUUAAUGUCUUCGCUUAUUAAUACAUCGAUAUCUUCGUCUAUUAUCUUAAGUAUUCACAUUAUUGCCUUAAUCUGUUACGUCGAUA